ACCGCGGCGAGCAAGCUGCGUUGAGUGAUCAGUCGGCCUUGACGUGUCCCUCUCUUGGGACUGUGCUCCGACUUUGAUCCUGGCGCGGUCGUCAGCAGACAAGGCGCUGACACAAAGUUCGACGUUCAAAGUGGCUCGGAGACGCGAACGAUCGAGGUUGCCUGCCAGAAGGACAUGCUCGAGCAGACAGCAGUAGAUGGACGAUCCCAGAUUCGCAGGGCUGGACGAUCUGACCAACGAUCAGAGCAGUCAUGAGAGCAAGCACGAGAGCAACGGACUCCCCAAUGGCCUGCCCAGCUCGUUUGGCUCUCUGGAUGACGACGACAAGCUACAAGACGGAGAGAUCAUCGACAAUGAGCGCUACUACGCUCUUCUCAACCUGCCCACGAAAGCGACGGAUGAUGAGAUCCAACGAAGCUACAGAGCGCUAGCUCUGGCUCUGCAUCCCGAUCGACAUCAUAGUGAAGCGAGCAGAGAAGCUGCCAUUCGCCAGUUUCAGGAGAUACAACGAGCGUACGAGGUUCUGUCCGACCCGCAAAAGCGGCCGGUCUACGAUGUGCUCGGGGAAGCUGGCCUCAAAGCCACUUGGACAGUCUCGACGCGACUCAAAACAGCUGCCCAGCUACGGAGCGAGUACGAGCGUGUAGCGCGGCAGAGGAAGGAAGCUGCCUUGGAUGCUUUGGUCAAGCAUAGAUCCGACUACGUCUGCAUCAUUGACGGCAGGUCCAUCUUCGAACGCUACGAGCGGCGACGUGGUCUCAAUGUCAGGUUGAGAUCAUGGCAAGAAAGACGCGAAGCUCUCUCGCUCCGUCAGAUGAGCUUGCGCAACGAGUUCAGCAUACCGCUCGCCAAAGGAUCUCUCGAUCUGGCUCAGCAGACGCUGAUACGCAAUGGCGGCGGACAAGGAAACCUCAUGGGCACCGUCAAGUGGCAGUUCUCCCCCAAGCUCACCACCGAAGUCACUUCGACCGUCUUUGCGCCGCGUCUAGCGAGCUUCAAGGCAACUUAUGCUCCCACGCCCUUGCGAUUCUUGCAAGUAGAGACAUCGGCUUCCACGCCUGCUGCCCCACCGCCUGUCACCUUUGUUGCAGGCCAACGAGUUUUCGGCGCAGUAACAGCCUUCUGCACAGUCCGGACAGGAACGUUCAAUAUCGGGCCAUGGGGUUCAAAGGAGGAAAGAGAUGCAGAAUCACCCACCUUUGCACUUGGGAUGACACAUCAAAGUGGGUAUACGCUCAAUGCGAUGACGAGCCAAGGACAAGCUCAACUCAGUCUGAACGUCACCCGAAAAGUUCUCGACGGUGUGACGAUACGUGCAAAUGCCAGCAUAGGCACGAAUGGCAUUGCCAAAACGACACUUGGUGCGUCAAAGCUCGUUACUGAACAUGUCACGCUCGGCGCUGCGCUCGAAAUGUCGAGCAAGGGCGUCAUGACUGUCCGGAUAAGAUGGCAACGUUUAGGGCAAAAGAUAGCCCUCCCCAUCGUCGUGGCUACUCAGCUGAACACCUCCCUCGCUCUAUCGCUUUCCGUCCUGCCGAGUCUCUCAUACAUCCUCAUGCACCACGCUGUCCUUGUGCCAAGGCGGCGAAGUAAAGCAAAGACCAAAUUGGCAGAGCUGAGGAAAGAGCACGCGUCUCUGCUCGAGGAACGCAAGCGUGGUGCAGAAGAUGCUGUCGUCUUGUUGACCGAUCUUGCGAAUCGACGGAUGACGCAGGAGAGAGCUACAGAUGGUCUCGUGAUCACUCGCGCGGUAUACGGCGUCGUGUCUGAGACUAGUAGCCAGAAAGUGACAACAGCUGAGCUGAAGGAGAUCGACGUAACGAUCGCUUUACAGGCGCUGGUGCUCGACGGUCAGCUCAUCAUUCCUAAAGGCCGAUCAAAGUCGCAGAUUAUGGGCUUCUGGGAUGUGGCCAUGGGCGAGCGCAAGAGUCUCAGGAUAGAGUACCAAUUCAGGCUAAGACCACACGAAGCGACGUACAGCGAUUAUGCUGGUGUUGCUCUGCCGUUGAGAGACCAUAUGCAAGCUAGCUAGCGCGAGAUUUGUCUGCAUCGUCAUUAAAGUACAC